CCAUACAUGGUGUUUUGUUGGUGGCCAUUAGUGGUUAUAUUAACUUGUUUCUCGUCUUUUUAGGUCUUCCAACGUCAUCCACAGCGCUUAAACCAUCAGAUUGUGUGGCCAGCAGUGAAGACAAUUCAGUUCCUGAAAUGGUUAUCCCAUCCAAGGUCGACGUAGCCUUUGGACAAUAUGAAAAUACCAGCUACUGGUAUGUGAAUGUAUCAUGGACUCCAAUGAACGAUUCCUCUGGACACUUAUAUGGUGCUCUACUUAGUCUAGCCCUAAAUUUCAAAAACGACGUAAAUUGCACUGUACUGCGAAUGAAUCAAACGUUUCUCAACAUAAAUAUAUCCUUUUAUGGCUAUAGCUAUCCGGGACCUGUUUAUCUAUGGAUUCAUGGUCUUCCUUACCGCAAAAAAGUAAUGGAAACGGCUACAUACUACCCAAGGAAACCAACCUCAUCCACCUUGACUAGCACAACAGGCAAACCAACCUCAUCCACCUUAAGUCAAACUACAGCCAUACCAACUUCAUCCACCUUAAGUCAAACCACAGCCUCUGAAAGCGGCGGCUUAGAUUCCAGCUCUUCAUCCCCAGGUCCAUCAACUACGUCCUUUGGUACAAGUGACUACACAGCCACGAAUAAGACGUCAAGUCCCGACCACACCAUCAAGUAUGUGUUCAUUGCGACUGUGUCUGGGAUCCUGGUAGGACUGCUUCUCGUCCUUGGUUUCCUGAAAUGUAUGUUCCUGUACAUACGGCGAUCUAGGGGACGCUUCCCUGUGCCUUCAGGCUUCGAUUAUCACGCAUUAAUAAUAUUCAGCUCAAAAGAUUCCGAAUGGGUAAAAAAGAAGCUCCUUCGUCCCCUCGAGGAACAGCAUCAUUUCAAGUGCUGCAUUCACUACAGAGACUUUGAUCCUGGCAGCAUUUUUCUUGAAACCAUGGCGGAAAGCGUACAAAAAAGCUUCAAGAUUAUUGCAGUUUACUCUAAGGAUUUUCAGGAAAGUAAUUAUUGUCAGCAUGAGCUACAUCUUGCCGAGUACCGACAAGUAACGCAAGGCGACGAUUGCCUCGUGAUUAUAAGAAUUGAUGAAGCAGAACUCGAUAACCUUCCUCCAGGAUUACGUGGAAGAAGCGUAAUCGACUACUCCAAAACAGUGGAAAGACCUUUCUGGAUGAACAGACUUCUCCAGUUUCUUCAGGUCCCGGAGGAUUCCGGUAACCGGGACGCAGUUACGGGACAGGAGAGAGACACCAAUAAUCGUAUGUAUUCCCGUAUGGAGAGAAGAAUAAGAAAUUCAUUUGUGAGGCUUAACAGUACAAGCAGCAAUGGAUCAGCGGUGUCCUUUGUAUAGCCUCGCGACUCACUUAACUAGAGGAAUUGAGGAGCUGCUUCAGAAGACGCGUUCAAGAGAUAAUGAAUCAUACUGUCUUAGAUGUCACAAUCAGUGUUUACUUUGCUUUGGAGCACGUUUGCCGAGA